ACCAAAUGCCGUCUGGGAUCUGACGCAGUGCAGUUUGGUAGAUAGCGAACUUCAGAUGGCGGAUGGCGGAGACUUCCAGAUAGUGAACCUGAAGACUAUUGCCCCCUCUCUGACCUGCAUACUUUGUACUGAACCACUGACUAAUGAGACAAGGCUGUGUGAGUCCGGGCAUACAUUCUGCAAGAAAUGCUUACCAAAGAUGGGUCACUGUAUGGAAUGCAGAGCAAAGAUCCUCGUGGGCACACGCAACUAUCUGAUAGAGAAGAUAGCAAACGUGGUGAAGUACAAGUGUCAUAACUAUUAUUACGGCUGUAAAACUCUGUUAUCCGAAGAAAUCCAUCUCAAUCAUAAUGUGACGUGCCAGUACAGUACGAUUGCUUGUCCUCUGGAACAGAUCGAGAGUGUCAGAUGCCAGUGGGUGGGGACACUGUCUCAGAUUUUGCAUCAUGUAAAGGCGUAUCACAGUAACAAGAUAACAAACAGAAAUUAUUUCUGUUGUACCUCGCUGCAAGACACGUAUUGGUUGACUGUGUACAAGGGAGAAGUCUUCUUGUACUGCAAACAGAAGCGGCAGACACACUGGUACGCCGCUGUGGUGAGCGUGGGGGUAACGGAAGCCUCGUUCAGGGGAGUUUUCGUCUUAAGAUCAUUUGAAGAAGACAGCAACGAGGCAGUUGAAAUUUCUUUUACUGUAGAUCUUAUUGAUGCUUUUGAACAAAUAUUCGUUUCCGGUAGAUGCCUUGUGUUAGAUGAUGUAACAGUAAGAAAUUUUAUUAAGAAUGGAAAGAUCAAUAUGAUGGUUUCAAUUGAAGAGAUCUCUUCCAAUUAAUUGAUGCAUAUUGUGAUAUAAUUCUUGUGACAACAUGCAUAUUCUUUAACCAUUUCGGAUUCUAAACCGCACAUACUGGUUAGUAAAGAUCUAAUUCUCAGUUAUUACAAUUCCAUACGUUUUUAAGACAUUGUACUCUUUGUACUACAACAUCGCCAUGCAACACAAAUUUUUAUCAUUGACCCCCUGAGGACAAAUGUUAUGUGUCCAGCUUGGAAAAAAGUUGAUUUUUCGGAACACAAUACUGCUUAAAAAAAAAAAAAGAAUAUUGCUCUUUUUUACAUGUAACGUCAUGGAGUCUGCAGAAGUUUGCUGGCGUGAUGUUCCUGAGGGAAGUUUCAUUGGUAAACAUUUACUAGAUUCAUAAUAUUGUAUUUCAGCAUCCUGUUGCAUUAAUAUCAAUUAUUUCAUCAAUAUAUACUAUUUCCGUCACAGUGCAACGCAAGAUUGUUACAGUCACUGUAGUCUUUAUUCAUGACAUGUUUCGGCGGUAUACGGCCAUCAUCAGGUGACUGUAGAAAUCUUGUGUUGUACUGUGACGGAAAUACAUAUAUUUAUGAAAAUAAUCUACUAGAUUGUAUUGAGUCCCAUCCCUGAAGGCAGUAAUUUCAGAGCCAUCUUGUGAGAACUUAAAAUUUUAGGCGGCUCUUUAUAAUUUACUCAAUAAUUUACUAGAUAUUUAUUGCAGUGUUAAUUAUUUAUCCUAUAUUGAACUCAUGUUUAAACCAUGUUUUAAAUAUUACUGGCAUAUUUACGGCAUAUGACGGUUCUACUAUAAUUCCAAAAAGUAAUCAUAUCGCAGUUCAAGUGCACUUGGUAUUUUUAUCAUAAAUGAAAAAUAUAUCAA